UCCACUCAAAGUUUACAUUUUGUGAGUGACUCAAGAAGUCUGUCGACGUUGUUUUCUGUUUCCCGUGAAAAGUGAUUCAAGUGAUUUUCUUUUAAGUGAAAGACAAAUACAUUUUUAUACUAAAAUUUUUUUAUAUAUAAAAAAAUAUUAAAACCACAAUUGUUUUUGUUAUAACAAGUAAAAACAAAACAAGCCAGGAUUAACUAUGGCCCAACAGCAACAACAACCAGCCUAUGAAAACAAAUUCAUUUAUGCAACCUUACCUCGUACACAACGUGGCCAACCCAUUGUCUUGGGCUCGGAUCCUAAAGGUAAAAAUUUCCUCUACACCAAUGGAAAUUCGGUGAUUAUACGCAACAUUGAUAAUCCCGCUAUUGCUGAUGUCUACACGGAACAUUCGUGUGCCGUUAAUGUAGCUAAAUAUUCGCCAAGUGGUUUCUACAUUGCAUCUGGAGAUCAAUCUGGUAAAAUUCGCAUUUGGGACACCGUCAACAAGGAACACAUUUUGAAAAACGAAUUCCAACCCAUUGGGGGUCCCAUCAAGGAUAUUGCCUGGUCGGCCGACAAUCAGCGUAUCGUGGUUGUGGGUGAGGGCCGUGAACGUUUUGGCCAUGUAUUUAUGACUGAGACGGGUACAUCGGUGGGUGAAAUUAGUGGCCAAUCUAAACCCAUUAAUUCAUGUGAUUUCCGUCCUGCCAGACCUUUCCGUAUUGUCACAGGCAGUGAAGACAACACCAUUGGUGUCUUUGAGGGUCCCCCAUUCAAGUUCAAGAUGACCAAGCAAGAACAUUCACGCUUUGUCCAGGCCGUACGUUAUUCGCCCGAUGGCAAAUUCUUUGCCUCAGCCGGUUUCGAUGGCAAAGUCUUCCUCUAUGAUGGUGCCACAUCUGAGUUGAUUGGUGAAUUUGGCAGUCCCGCCCAUAAGGGUGGUGUCUAUGCUGUGGCAUGGAAGCCCGAUGGCACCCAAUUGUUGACCUGUUCCGGUGACAAGACCUGUCGUUUGUGGAAUGUUGAAAGCCGGGAAUUGGUUACGGAAUUUGUUAUGGGCACCACUGUGGAUGAUCAACAGGUGUCUUGUCUUUGGCAGGGUGAACAUUUGUUGACCGUAUCCCUGUCCGGCCACAUUACCUAUUUGAAUGUCAAUGAUCCCUCGAAGCCAUUGCGCGUGAUUAAGGGUCACAAUAAACCCAUUACUGUUUUGGGUUUGAGUGAUGAUCGCAGCACCAUCUACACGGGCAGUCAUGAUGGUGUGGUAACCAGCUGGAAUUCGGGCAGUGGUGUCAAUGAUCGUGUAACUGGGGCUGGUCAUGGUAAUCAGAUGAAUGGCAUUGCUGCCUGGGGUGAUUUUGUCUACACCUGUGGCAUUGAUGACAGUCUGCGUCAAUUCAACAUCGAAUCGAAUGCUUUCACCGAUUAUGUGGUGAAACUGAAUUGUCAGCCCCGUGGUUUGGCCAUUUUCCGUAAUGAAAACAUCAUUGCUGUGGCCUGUGUCAAAGAAAUCACCUUGGUGCAGGAUCAAAAGAAGGCCUUCUCCUUGCCCAUUAAAUAUGAAGCGAGCAGUAUUAGUGUUAACCCUGAAACCCUGGAUGUUGCUGUGGGUGGUGAUGACCAGAAAUUGCAUAUUUAUUCAUUGAAUGGCACCACCCUGGAACCCAAAGUGGAAUUGGAUCACUUGGGCCAGGUUACCGAUUGUUCGUACUCGCCAGACAAUAAGUACUUGGUGGCUUGUGAUGCUCACCGCAAAGUUGUCCUGUACAGUGUGGAGGAAUAUAAGCCUGCCCACAACAAGGAAUGGGGCUUCCAUAAUGCACGUGUCAAUACUGUGGCCUGGUCACCCAAUUCCCAAUUGGUGGCCAGUGGUUCUUUGGAUACCACCAUUAUUAUCUGGUCGGUUACCAAUCCCGCCAAGCACACCAUUAUCAAAAAUGCUCAUCCACAAUCCCAGAUUACUCGUUUGAUAUGGUUGGACAAUAACACUGUGAUCUCCACUGGUCAAGAUUGUAAUACCAAAGUUUGGCAUGUUGAGACAAUCUAAGACCAGCAACCAAAACCACUAUUACCACCUAUGUCAUUUAAAAAUAAAACAACAACAACAGACUCUACUUAACAAUCUUCUACAAAAAAAAAAAAAAAAAGCAGAACAAUAACAAGCCCAAACCAUAAAUGCAAUUAUCGUGGAAAUUCGUGUUCUGUUGAGUUUCAUCACUUCUUUAUAAAUAUGCAUUUUUUACUUUACUCCCCUAUUUUUUUUGGUUUCCUCUUUUGUUUGCAUUAAGUUAAAAAAAGUAUUUCAAAUUGUGUUUCUAAUCUAAUUAUUUAUUUAUGUAAUUUAAAACAAAACAAAAACACCCAAAUCAAUUAUGUUUUUCCCCUCUUUCUUACAUCGUUUGUAAUACAUGAAUGUUUUCUACACACCAAAUUCCUCCCGCCCCCCUCAAACUAUGUAUGUACGUUUUUUGGAAGCGUAAAUUUUAUAUCAGAAAAAUAUAUAAGAAAAAAAAAAUACGGAAAGAGAAAAAACAAAACAAAUAAAAAUUUAUUUUGCAAAAAAUAGAAA